UGGCGGAGAGCGGCGGAGAAGGCGUGGCUGGCUGCUGUGUGGGAAGCGGAUAGAUUGAGAGGCCGGAGGCUGCUGUCAGUGUCCAGGCCCCUGCUCACCGUAUCCCCGCUCCACCUCACCGCCAACCUUCGGCAUGGGUGACAAAGAGUUCAUGUGGGCCCUGAAAAAUGGAGACAUGGACGCCGUGAAAGAGAUUGUGACUGCGGGCGUGGAUGUGAAUCGAAUGCUCGAAGGCGGUCGCAAGCCUUUGCACUACGCAGCCGACUGCGGACAAGACGAGAUUGUGGAGUUUCUCCUGUCUAAAGGCGCUGAUAUCAACGCUCCGGAUAAGCAUGGAAUCACACCGCUGCUGUCUGCCUGCUACGAGGGGCACCUCAAAUGCGUCAAGCUGCUGCUGUCUAAGGGAGCAGACAAGACUGUGAAAGGGCCGGAUGGACUCAAUGCCUUGGAAUCCACAGACAACCAGGCUAUUAAAGAUUUGCUCCAUUGAUGGACUGCGGCUCGCCAGCCCCGUUUGCCUCUCUCUCGUGUGGCCUCUCGCUGCUGCGUGUCUUUCUUUCUUCUCUUUCUUCUCUCUCUCUCUAUCUGCCAAUUCCUUCACCUCCCCAUCUCUUAACUCGGCGGUCUGCGAAAAGGAGCGACCUCACUUAGAUUAAACAAGCGAAUGUAGACUGACUUUUGGAUCUUACUGUGUCUGCUCCAUCAUCAUCCGCAUUGUAAAACAAUUAAAAGUAGCUGGAUUAAUGAUUGUAAUUGAAGAUCUAUUUAAUAAGCCUGUUUUACGAUGUAUAGAAAUAAAAACUGUAGUUUACGGGGUAAUUUUUAUCCUUUUUGUUUAAGAUCUGCAAGCUUUCCCUUUAGAUAUGUUUGUUUUAAUACCCCGUAACGUGUUUAACCCCUUCAUGACAAAGCCCGUACAUGUAAGGGCUCACAAUGCAUUGUUUUUAAUGGGUUGAAGGACAGCCCAUUGUCCUUAAGGGGUUAAAAAGUAACAACGGCUUAAAUACCAAUGUAUCGUAUAUGAAAGUGCAUUUAAUAACAUUAACAGGUGCUUUUGUAAAGGCUUGUACAUCAUGGUGUUGACAAUUACAGCGCUAGGUGUUUGCUCACUUUACUUCCUCUGGCACAGGAAGUGACCUCAGAAGUUGGCGCGACAGGCAUUUGCUUCCCCCUGCUCCCUAAAAAAGGGGCAAAAACGCAGCGCUGUAAUUUCAAACAUGUCUAAGUGAAUGUAACCUUUUUGUUUUGUUAUUCUUAAUAUCUGGUUCUUGGGCAGCCUCCGGCCAUUGGAGUCACUGCUUCACCGGAAAUGCUCUCUUUUUAAACCGUUUUCCAUUGCUUUCUGACCACUGUGAUCAGCAAGCACGUAACACCAGCCAGAUACUCGUACAAUCGCGUGCGUGAGAUUAACUUCCGUCAGCGCUGCUUUAUCGUGCACUCCACCUUCACCUCAAAUGGACCUUUUUUUUUGGAUGAACAACUUGGAUUUUAGGUCUUUUAGCUCCAGAUCCGCUAACUCUCCUACUGUCUGUAUUGCUAAUUCUUUGACGGUGGCAUUUGCCUCCGUACCGUUUGCAUAUCCAUAUUUGCACACUUUUUGUAUGUCGAUUUAACACCUUCACCUAAAAUGAAACCUUUAAAAAAAAAAGUUCCACCCGGGAGAAUCCGGUUAUUUCUGUAUAAAUGACGUCGGGUUUGCAGAAA